CAAUGUUUUCAUUGCUGAAGUAUCUUUAGCUUAUAUGAAACCAGAAUUUGCCAACCCAGUUAUUGAAAUUUCUAGCAAGGUAAGCAACAGUCACUUUCUUAUAUUGGAACAAAUCAUGCCAGAUUCUCUGGAUAAUUCCUUUGCCACCAAGAUGUUAUACCAUUUCAAUCAUUUAAGAAGUCCAAUUCAAUGUGUCGAGCAUUAUCCGACUAAAGAACUUCAAAUGACAAGAUUCAGACAAUAUUAUUCUCUGGUGGAAGUAAAGAACUUGUUUGAAAAUUGGUUAUAUUUGGUUGAUGAUGAGAUGAAACUGAAAAUUUCUCAAGUUGAAGAGUUUGAUGAAUGGGAAGAAUUUAUAAUAUUUUGUCAACAUUAUGUUCUUGUUCAUGGUACAAAUACGGAUCAACUUAUUUACGAAACCCCAAAUGGAGAAAUUGAAUCAAAGGAAUAUCCUAUGGACACUACUGUGACAAUGGUCCAAGAUUCAAGGUUUAACGCAGAACAAUUAGAGAUUAAAUUUCCAGCAAUUACUUCGGUAGAUUCAAAAAUAUAUGUUAAUGGUGGAUUGAAACAAACACGGACAAAUGAAAUGCUUGAAUUGGAUUUGGAAAGUGGGACUAUAAGUAAUGUUGAAAUGAACUUACAACCAAGUGCAAGAAUGUGUCAUACAUUAACCACAUUAGCGGAUAACAAAAUGUUAUUGGUAGGUGGUAGGUCUAGACCAGGUUUACAUUUCCAGGAUGUAUAUUUAUGCAACAAGGGGGUUUGGGAGAAAUUGCCAGAUAUGCCCGUGAAACGUUCAAGACAUGCAUGUGUUUCGGUUACCGAGGCCGAAGUCUUACUAUUUGGUGGCUUAACAGACGAAAAUAAUGAUAGUGAUAAGUUAUUUUUGCAAUAUGAUGUAAGAUCAGGUACAUCCAAAGAAUUAAAAAUUAAAGGCGAUUCACCAGGAAAUCUUUUAAGUUGCUCUAUGAAUUAUGAUGGUGAAUUUGGGUAUAUUUUCGGUGGUAUUAGUAAUCAUAAUGUGCCUAUUGUAAAUGACAAAUUGUACAAAUUUAAGAUCAUAGACGAUACAAUUGAAAUUGAACUGGUUUACCAAGAUUAUUUAUUAUCUAGAAUUGGAAGUCAAUCCAAAUUACUUGGCAACAAAUUACUUAUUGUCGGUGGUGUGUCCACCAUCAAGAUGCUAACUAAGAAGACAAACAUAAUGACGUUAGAAUUGGCUGAUUUUAAGUGGAAGUAUGUUCAAGUACCUGAGCAAAUUCGGAAGACGAGUCCACCAAUAUUUAUUGGAUUUGGAUUAGUUGAAAAAUCGUCACACAAGCAGCGGGAUGCGUCCGCAUCGUAUUUUAUGUUAGGAGGUGGGGCUGUUUGUUACUCCUUUGGUAGUUGUUUCAAUUCAGUUUAUAGAUUAGAUAUAGUAAACUGAUUUAAACCGAAGUUUAAACCUUAUUACAUAAGACACGGC